CGGCUGUAUCUGGGCUGUACAGCCAAUACUCAGCCAAUAGAUCACUACACGGAGACCAUUGGCAAGCACACCAUCCAUUCCAACAACACAAUAUCUUCAUAUUUAUGGGCCAAUCGCCACAUGUGCCUUGUUUAGGAAUAUCUUGUUCAUGCAUUAUUCCCGUCGCUAGCUUUAUCCUGAAUCAUUGCGAGCUUCAAGUUGUUCGUCAUCUAUCAGGUCCCACCUUGUUCCUUCGGCUUGAAUGGGAUAUCGUUCAUAUAAGGAGUGCAAAAAGGUGUCUCUCCAAUAGCACACUGUUGUGCUAUGGACUGCUAUGUUUCUGGAUCUUGGUCCACGGAGCCUAACAUUUAUUCAAGUCCGAUCCAGGCUUACAAAUACAGCACUUCUUGAGUCACCGUUGAAGGCGUUGAGGCGUUGACUCCCUUGGAGUCUAAAACUUACAGUCAAAUUCGC